GAAGCGCCGGGCCCAGGUUCCCUCCCGAGCCGAGCCCAGCUCGUCCCACUGCCGGAUGGUGAAGUCGACGGCCCGGUGGGAGAGGUCGACGACCCGAGGCGGCAGCCGAGAGACGGGCAGCCGGGUGGCCUCCUUGAGAUUGGAGGCGGGGUGGAAGUGGGCCGAGUAGACCCGGGCGGUCUUGGUGAUGGGCACAACGAUGAUGCGCAUUGUGGCCGAGCGGUCGCAGCGGCUGCGAGCAGGGACGGAGCGGAUGGGCAGCAGACGAGGGGAGAGUGGUGCUGGAUGGAUCGAUGCGAGUGGAUCGACGGGCGAGUGGAUCGAUGUGCGAGUGGAUUGGAUGAAUGAAAUGGAUGAGCAGAUCCGCCAAGCCAUCGACAAUCGCCCUUGCGCUCCAUCCCCUCAUCCAUUCAUCCAUCCAACAGCCCAUCCAUCCAACAGCCCAUCCAUUCAACACCAUACCCAUCAGCCAUGAAGAGCUUUCGCCUGAUCUCGUUUUUCGGGAAUCUCGAGAGAGCCAGAAGCGGACAGUAAACCACACACCUUCCAACGACCCCUCCCCGCUAGAAGGGACUGGUCAUAGACCAACUGUCCCCUCAACCCGACGGAGCCAUGCCAGCUGUAGAUCCACCAGUGGCAUCCUCCUCCAGGAACGACGCACCGCCCACGGAGCGUCCAACCACCCUCCCCAAAGGCCUCAAGGGUCUGAAGCUAGAACCACUCCAGGAAGCGCAUGCCUUGAGCGAGGCCUCGAGCAAACAGGAACCAGAGCCGUCCUCAUCGAUCGCCUCAGGCAGUGGUGGCAACACAUCCAGGCUGGUCAAGACCCCACGUCUGACGCAGACGGCUCGGACGAGGAGGCCGAGGACCCAAGAUCUCCCACCCCAACCCCCAACAGACCCAGAGGUGAGGAGCAGCCCCCUCACCUCCCUCUCCAAGGCCCCAGCGAAGAAACGACCACCGAGCAAGCAGCUGGACUGGGUCUCCACAGCCUCCCUCCUGCGCAGGACACCCAAGACGCAGAAGCACCCGCAGCGACCAGCGGCAACCCAGGCCGCCAAGCAAGAACGGCCCGGGCUUCCGGCAAGAGGGGAAAAGCCUCAACCCAUCCCUCCUUUGAAGACCGAUGGAGAACCGCAGGCGACGACCUUCAGAAGCGUAAACAGGCCGCCCAGUAUGUCCAGACCAAGGACGUCACCCCGGCCAUCUGGAAGGCUGUCUUUGAAACCUGCCAGAAGACGGUAUCCUGCCCCAAAUGCAAGACCCCGCCCAAGGAAGAGUGGAAGCUGGACCGCCAAGGCUUCCACCUCGUAUGUGCACAGCCGCAUUGCGGCGAAGCAAUAGCAGCUAUGAGCUUCUGGGCCAAAAUGACCAGAAACGAAAAGUUGGCAGAAGACUUCGUGAAGGCCCACACCGCCAAGGAGCGACGAGAUUUUGCACGAGCGGCUGGGCUGAUCAACUCAGUACAGGCCAAACCCACCGAGGAACAGAAGCAGCCCACCCAGGAGAUAGAAUCCGCCGCCAAACCGCAGGAACAGCCCCAGGGACAGCCCCAGCAACAGCCCAACACACCGUCGGAACGAACGGCUGUCGGCAAGACACCCACCCUGCCCGAGGAGAGCCCCCUCUCCCUCAGACAGAUCCUCGGCCAGCUGAACGUCCUCCGCGAGAAGAUCAUCGACCUCAUCACGGACGACAAAGCGAGGGAGGGUAUGAAUGAGAAGGCGACCUCGGUCCUCAACCUCGUCGCCCGAGAGACGAAGAGCCUCACCGACGGAGUCAAAACCCUGAUGGCUCGCGAGAGGACCGAAAAGGCGGCAGCCUCCAGCAACAAAGCAACCCCAGCCCAGACAGCCAGAGGUGCACCAGAGGGCAAGAUGUCCUACGCAAUGGCCGCACGGAGCCAGAAACAGGCCCAGAAAGAGACCCAGAAGGAAGCCAGAGCGAAGUGCGCCUUCAUCGAUCGCCAACCUGAGCAAGAACAACCCAGACUGUGGCUUGCCUCGAUCGCGGCCAAGCCGGACCCCAAGAAGGUCAAGAUGGUGAGCGGCCUGGUCGAGAACGAAGACCUCACCAACCCCCACCUCAAGAAGAAGCUGACAAACGCCAAGUUUGUGUACUUCAAGGGAAUCGAGCCCAACUCCCUGACAACCAUACGCAAGGCACUCAGGAAGGGCGGCAUCGACGAUCGCAAAAUGGCCGAUAUUCACUUCGGCGAAAACCGCAUCAUGGAGAUCCUUCUCUGGGACAAGAAGGACGAGGCGGAGAUCGCCAAGAAGAUGGCUGGACGUCCGCUCAAGUGCGUCCAGCUUCACCAGUACGAGCCGGCACAGCCUGGCCCCAGCAGGAAGACCGCGGAGGAGAAGAAGGCCCACCUCCAAAGAUUCCUCAAGCGAUCGGCUAUCCAAGCGGCACGAGCCAGAGACUCGGCGGCCGCCCGAAUGGUCCAGAUGAGGGUACCGAGGGUACACCGGCUGGAGUUCGACAGGCUCGUUGGAGAAGUCCUCAGGGGAAAGCCGAUCUCCUGGGAACUGGUUAACGUUGAACCCCAGGAGCCCCAACCCACACCCCCCAUCCAGGAACAGCCCAUUGACCUGGACGCCGCAGUGGAGCGAGCACCGGGGGCCAGCCGUCAGGCAAACCCCAGUGAACUGGAGAAGUUUGUGCCGGACUCCCAACCAAACCAUGAAGGAGUGGCAGGGGACCCCGUCCUCAGAGGAGCCAUCGUCGGUUCCCAAUGAAUGGUUCCGACGCAGCAGAAGGAGUGAGCGAACUGGCCACGCUCACAGUAGCAUCCUUCAACAUCGAUGGCCUAAUCAAGAAACAGUACCUCAUCGAAGAAGUCAUGCAAGACCUAAACAUCGACUACAUCGCUAUCCAGGAAACCAAGCUGCAACCUGUCAGCCAAAACCCACUGGAGCGAAUCACAUGCCACGAGUCGAGACGAACCGACCGACACGGAGGCGGCAUCGCACUCGUGUUCA